UCAGUUUGAAAGCGCGCGCAACGCGCACUGUUUUGCAAUUGUGAAGUGGACUCGAGACAAGUCGCAACAACUUGCAAAUAUGAACAUCACGAUGCAUCUAGCGGUCGUAGCUGCGGUGUGCCUCUGCUUAGCUGAUGCGGGGCCUGAAGUGAGGGUAGCCCGAGCCAAGCAGCGUCCGACGCGUGGCUUUAAGAACGUCGAGAUGAUGACGGCACGAGGCUUCGGGAAACGAGACAGGCCUACCACUAGGGCUGAGCUGUAUGGUUUGGACAACUUCUGGGAGAUGCUCGAGGCGUCACCGGAAAGAGAAGGCCAAGAGGGAGACGGCAAAGCAAUCGAAAGUAUCCCAUUGGACUGGUUUGUUAAUGAAAUGCUGAACAAUCCGGACUUUACCAGAUCGGUGGUGCGCAAAUUCGUGGACCUCAAUCAGGAUGGACAGCUGACAUCGGAUGAGCUACUCAGGAACCCCGCCUAAAUCACUAUAGUUAAUACUCAAACACUCAUUGUUUUUAAUUAAUAUUUUAAAUGUUAAGUGAUACGUUCAACUAUUUAUAAGUUACAAAGUCUUGUAAUUAUGGUACUGUGAUAUGAAAGUGGAGUAACUUUGGUCAUUUAAAAAUAAUAUGUUAAUAUUUAAAAUAUGAACUUGAGUUUCAUUGUAUCUAUUAAUAAAUUAAAGAGAAUCUAAAUAUUGUUAUUCGAAGAAGCUAAUGGACUAAAUUAUCUAUUUAAUAAUUCAUUUAGGUAUCAUUGUCAAAUCCUUUCUAGUCAGUUUUUUUUAGUAAAAUAUGAACGAAUUUUAUUUCAAAUUAAUAUAUUAUUUGAUCUCAAUUUUUUAAAGCACUUAACCAUUUUUAUGUUAUUUAUUGUUUGUAAACAAAUUUUGGAAUAUUAAAUUAUUAAACAGGUAUUAAACAUAAUAUAAUAUUAAACAGGUUAUAAUCAGACAUAGAUUAACAAAUAUAGAUUAUGUAAACAAUAUUGUCAGUUGAAAUUAAUCUUAUAAAUUUUGAAAUUCAUUUGUCUAUUAAAUAUAAUUGGUUUCAUUAACAGUAAAUAAAAAAAUAUUUGGAACAAGAUAAAUUUGAAGUGGAAAGGCACUAUAAAACAUUUAAAUUAUU